UUGUGCAUUCUCAUUGAGUUGGGUCGAAAUUUGAUUGUCCCAAUCGUCUAUUAUUUGCUCAAUGGAGGUUACUCCUUGCAGUAUGUUUUCAUUUAUUCGUUCCAAAACUGCUCAGUCCAAGAAUACAGAGCUUGCUGCUAACGGUUCCUCCUCUUCUGCUCUUUAUAAGUCAAACUUUAAUCUUGGAACUAUAUUAUGUGCUGCUGCUCAAGAUAGUCCACAGAAGACAGCUAUUGUAUAUGACGAUAAGGUAUUUCUUUCAUACAAGGACUUGGAUGGAGCUGCUAGAAAAUUCGCAAGUCUCCUUGUGACUGGAACUUAUGCAAAGGGUGCCGUGCCUUGUCGACCAGAAGAUCGAGUUGCCAUAAUGUUGCCAAAUAUUCCUCAAUUUUGUAUAGCUUAUUUUGGUACUUUGUACGCAGGUUGCGUAGUAGUGCCAAUGAACUUUUUAUUCACUGAAAGAGAGAUUACAGGAUUGGUUAAAGACUCCGAAGCCAAGCUAUUGGUUGCUUUAAAGGCUUAUGGUACAGAACCCACAAAGGCAGCAAAGACACUUGGUAUACCUAUAUUGUGGGCAGAUGAUGAGUCGAGUUUUGGUAUGCAGGCUUUAUUGAACGGGGUUAAUCCUUUGCCAGCUUUAGUCCCAACUUCACCUGAUGAUACUGCUGUUAUACUAUACACAUCUGGAACGACUGGAGUUCCAAAAGGUGCAAUGCUUUCGCAUAUGAAUCUUUUUCUCAAUGCAACCAUAGUUCCGAAUACUAUAAGGCCCGUAGAACCUGAUGAAGAAACCAUUGUACUUGCCGUACUUCCACUUUUUCAUAUAUUUGGACAGACCUGCAUGCAGAAUACCACUUUUGCUAGGAUGGGAAAGCUGGUUAUGUUGCCACGUUUCGAACCCGCAGAAGUUUUAAGAACUAUUGAGAAGUAUAAAGUUACUUUAUUUGCUGGAGUUCCCACUAUGUAUAUUGCCAUGUUACGUUGUCCUGAAGCAGAUAAAUACAGUUUGGAAAGUUUGAAAAUGUCAAUCAGUGGGGGAGCUGCCAUUCCUGUCGAAAUAUUAAAAGAAUUCGAGCAAAGAUAUGGAAUUGCUAUAAUGGAAGGUUAUGGAUUAUCGGAAACUUCUCCAACUUGUUGUUCCAACUCGAUAAAACAAGGAAGAAAGCCGGGUUCCAUUGGUCGUCCUGUUUGGGGUGUAGAAAUGGCAAUAUUGGAUGAAAAGGAUCAACCUGUUCCUGAUGGUCAACCAGGUGAAGUUUGUGUAAGAGGGCAUUGCGUAAUGAAAGGAUACUUCAAACGACCAAAAGAAACUGCAGAAGCAAUGAGAAAUGGAUGGUUUCAUACUGGAGAUGUUGGUAUAAGGGAUCCCGAUGGAUCCUAUCGCAUAGUAGAUAGAACAAAAGACAUGAUUAUUCGUGGUGGACUAAAUGUUUAUCCAAGAGAAAUAGAAGAAGUUCUUUAUAUGCAUCCAGCAGUAGCUGAAGCUGCAGUUGUGGGCAUCCCAAAUGAGCGUUUAGGCGAGGAAAUAGCAGCCUAUAUAUGCAAAAAAGAGGGACACGAAGUCAGUUCUGAAGAAUUGACCGAACACUGUAAACGCUACUUGGCAGCUUAUAAAUAUCCGCGAAAAUUUGAGUUUGUAAAGGAGCUUCCAAAAGGUCCUUCAGGUAAAAUCUUGAAAAGAGAGAUACGCGAAUGGCAUAAGAAAGCAAAAAGUAAGCUAUAAAUAUUGUUUCAAAUGAAAAGUCAGUUGUGCUUCAUUCAUCAAGUAUACCUCUAAAAAUUGAACUUUGUGAUAUUUCUCUCGUUACUUUAAAAUAAAUACUAUCUCUCUCUCUCUCUCUCUCUCUAUUUUCACACUAUCUUCUCCUAUCGACCUAAAGAAUCAUCUGAACUCCGCUGUUUCUGAGAAAAAAGAGGUUCCGACUCCAUGAAGGAACCUGCCCAAUCGAAGGAUUCGGACAUUUCCUGUUCUCUUCUUGUCUUUGAGUACGAAGAAACUAAACUCCCCUGCUCCUCUCUGGAAUCUACAGGAAAAAAUACACGAGGACUUACGAUACUCUGGAGCGUUCCUUCAUUCUCUGUUGUUGAAAAUCCCAAAGACUCCACUUUAGAAGAGAGUAGAGGCUUCUUUAAACUUUGAGAAGAAAUGGGUAUAGGUGUUGAAGCACUAUGACUACUGUCAGGUCCACGGUCUGUCUGACUAUCCUCGUUACUGGAACUGCUGUUACUAUCCUCUUCAUUGUUAUCUUCGUAACGUUGAACUUUUGAGGUAGUUUCUGUGGUUCCAAGGUCGUCAACUGCUCUUGGUAAACGGGGAGGCUUAUGCAUCGACUGUUCAAUCCCAACAAUCCAUAUUUAGUUCCAUCCUAACAAAUACUUGAAAGG